CUUGUUUGAGAACAAAAAAGAAGCUUAAACCCUUUCUUCCUCCGCCGCGUUCUCAAGCUCAAGCUCAAUCUCAAUUCUCAAGCUCAAGCCUUUUCGAUUUUUCUCUUUAAAGACGCAAUUUUGCUUUCGCAACCCUCUGUGUGAUUUCGUUUCCAAACGAAACACGGCUCUCUGAAUCAUGGCGACAUCAGCUGAUGCUCGGGCAGUAAAGUCGCUCAACACUUCCGAGGGGCGUAAGAGAUUUGUGUUCAAGUCUGCUUCUCAACGAACAAAUGACAUUGACAACAUCAGCAACUAUAGGAACUUGGAUAAGGUGAAGGCUGAGCCUUCAGAAGGAUCCACAUUUUUCAGGGAUUGCCUCAUAGAAUGGAGGGAACUGAAUACCGCAGAAGAUUUCAUUUUGUUUUAUGAAGAGAUGUUGCCAUCUGUCCAGAGUUUGAGUUUGAUUAUUAUGCAAAAAGAAAGAAUCUUCUCAAAUCUUGUCUCUCGAUUACAAAUGAAAGCAAGAUUGUCUCUGGAACCCAUUCUCAGGUUGAUUGCUGCUCUAUCAAGAGAUCUCUUGAAUGACUUUAUUCCCUUCUUGCCACAAAUUGUGAACUCCUUCGUGACUCUCCUAAAUAAUGGUGCGCAUAACGAUCCGGAGAUUAUUCAGCAGGUAUUCACAUCAUGGGCUUCCAUAAUAGUGUCCCUGCAGAAGUAUCUUGUGUGCGACAUCGAAGGCAUUCUCAGGGAUACGUUGGAAUUGAGGUACUACCCCAAAGACAAUAUCAGUGAAUUUAUGUCAGAGUCCAUGUCAUUUUUGUUGAGGAAAGCACAGGAUGAGCAACUUGAAAAAGGUAUGAAGAUGAUCCUUUCUGAAGUUGCACAUCCAUCCAAAAAAGCUGGAGGAGUUGGAGUACUAUAUAAUGUUAUGAGGGGUACCUAUGGAAGACUCCAUUCAAAAGCCGGGAGAGUUUUGAGCUUCUUGCUGAAAGAUUCAACAUUAUCUUUUUUGGACAAUUUUCCUCAAGGCCCUUGUACAGUCGUGGAAGUUGUGAGUUUGGUUUUGCAGAGAAUAUGCGAGGAUUUGGAAGCAGAAAAAUUAAGUGCUAUGUGGGAAUACUUGUAUAAGAAAAUAAACAAAUCAAUCUCAAACAAGAAAUCAGUUCAUCUAAGCCGGCUGUUGAGUGUGCUUAUGGCGGUUGUUAAGAUUAAGGAAGGUCGCAAGGUUCACGAUAUCCCAUCACUGAUUGGAAUCGUGAGCCGCAUUGUGUCAACUUUUUUCACUUCCUCUGAGACCGCUGUAGAAGGGGAUAACUUAUCUGCUGUCCUUGAUGAAGUUUUGGAAUUGAUAUUAUGCACAAUCAACACGGUCAAUGAAAUGGAAACUGUUGCUUCGCUUUGGGCUCCCAUUUUUGCCUUGAAGAGUUCAAGUUUGCUGACUUUUUUGCGGGAGUUCCUAAAGAAAGAUCAAUCAGUAGUGAAAGCCUUUACAAAGAAUAUAUUAUGUGCAAUUAACAACAUGAUUUGGGAGUCUUCUGAGGAAGUUAUUCCUCUGUUACUAACAUUGUGUGAAGAGCAUAAGACACAACAAACAAGUCACGACGUCGUGAACAGCAUAAGUCAAACAUUUGAGAGUAGAUACGAGAGAAUUCAUGAGUUCUUGGAAGCAAAGAUUAAAAAGGUUCAACAGAAUAUUGAGAAUGCUGGAUUAGCUCAAAUUAAUGAGGCCGAGUUGGCUGCAAUUUGGGGAGUUGUCAAGUGUUAUCCUUAUUUUAAAGUGGAUUCAUCAUUAUUGAUUUGCUUUAAGAAAACUCUCAGACAGCAUUUGGCAGUGUCAGAUGUAGACACUUGCAGUGGCCCAGAAUUGAUGUGGCAGAGCUUACUUGGUACUACUUUGAGGUCAUGUUACAAAAUGACGGGAAUCAACCACAGUGAUCUAGAGGAAGCUUUGUCUUUUGCUAAAGAUUACAAGUCAUGUGAGCAAGUGUUGUCCCCGGUGGCCGAUGUUUUGGAAUUUAUGCACAGGCCUGCAUUAGCUCAUGGUAGGUCUAAGCCUUAUCCAGAACUUCAAGCAAAUAAGGCUGGAGAUGCUUUUGAAAUAUUUUCUGAAAAUUUGCGUCAUCCGAACAAAAAUAUCCGUCUUAUGACUCUGAGGAUUUUGUGCCAUUUUGAAACUUUGUCGUCUGACCCUUCUUUUGAAGAGCAUCCUCCUAAGAAGAAAAUGAAAACUGAGAAGAAUGUUCUUCAGUUAUUACUCUUAUUCGAAGAGACUGCUCCCACAGUGGAUACUAGUCGGAUGUUGGCAGGAUACAUUUCUACAAUACAAGAUAACCUCUCCGCUGGCAGGAUACAUUCGGCAUAUGUGAAGCUUGUAUUGAAUGGGAUGUUGGGGAUAUUACAUAUUAGUUAUCGUCCUUUGUGUGUUCAAGCAUCUGAGUGUCUUGCGGUUCUUGUGAGGAAAUAUACUGGUGCAGUGUGGAGUGAUUUUGUUUGUUAUUUGGGGCAGUGCCAACUAAAAUUUGAAACCCUCCAUGAUCAUAGUGAGAAUGCGAACCAAAGUAUGUCAGAGAGGCAUGCAUGUAAUUUAAAUCUGAAUGGCCGUUUUAAUUUGUUUCUCUUUCCACCAUCUGCUAUCACGCCUACUGCAACGGUAUCUGAUGUGGUAUCUCAGUUGCUACAGACCUUACAAAAAGCUUCAAGUGUUGCUCAGUCUCGGGCUUCUGAAAUUCUCCCUUUGUUGUUAAAAUUUCUGGGAUACAACAGCGAAAAUCCUGGGAGUGUCGGAUCAUAUAAUGGCCGAGUUUGUAAAGGAGAGGACUGGAAGACGGUUCUUGUACAAUGGUUGACGUUGCUAAAAUUAAUGAAGAAUCCUAGGUCGUUUUGUUUUAGUCAAUUUUUAAACGACAUUCUGCAGAAUAGGUUCCUGGAUGAUAAUGAUGCUGAAAUCCAAACGAAUGUUCUAGAGUGCCUUCUGUUGGCGAAUGACUUCUUACUCCCACACCGCCAGCAUUUGUUGAAUUUGAUCAAACCAAAAGAAUUGAGAGAAGAACUCACAACCUGGAACUUGUCCGAAAACAUCGGAGAACCUCACAGAUCUUAUAUUUUUUCUCUUGUAAUUCGCAUCCUUAUGCCAAAAGUUAGGACAUUAAAAAAUUCGGCUUCAAGGAAGCAUACAAGUAUCCGUCACCGGAAGGCAGUUCUUUGCUUUAUAUCUCAGCUGGAUGUUAAUGAACUUGCGUUGUUCUUUGCAUUGUUGAUAAAACCUUUGAACAUCAUAUCAGAGGAAACAAUGGACUCAUUUUGGAGUUCAGGCAAAAGUUCUCUCGACUAUUUCCAAAACUCCAAUUUUCUGAAAUAUUUCACUGUUGAUACUAUUUCAACGUUAUCCAGAAAUCAGAAAUUUGGGUUUCUUCAUGUCAUCCAACAUAUCCUUGAAGUCUUUGAUGAACUUCGUGUCCGACCUUUUCUAGACUUUAUGAUGGGAUGUGUUGUCCGGCUAUUGGUAAAUUAUGCUCCAAAUGUUGAUGAAGAAAUGAACAUUGAUUCUUUGGCACUAAGAAAUGUCACUGCUGCCCCAUCAACUUCGGAUGAUAAAGAAAAUGCUUCAAUAAAUCACGACCAGGCUGGCACUGCUUUUAAGCAGUUUAAAGAGUUGAGAUCCUUAUGUCUGAAAAUCAUUGCUCAUGUUCUUGAUAAAUACGAGGAUUGUGAUCUUGGCUCCGAGUUCUGGGACCUCUUCUUUUCAGCUGUGAGUCCGUUAAUUAAGAGUUUCAAGCAGGAGGGUUCUAGUAGUGAGAAACCAAGUUCCUUGUUCUCAUGCUUCUUGUCAAUGAGUAAAAGCCGUAAUCUCGUGAAUCUCUUAUGUCGGGAAGAGUCCCUUGUUCCAGACAUUUUUUCAAUUCUAACUGUCACCACGGCUUCAGAAGCUAUAAAGUCUUCUGCCUUGAAGUUCAUUGAGAAUCUGCUUUGUCUUGACAAUGUGUUGGGUGAGGAUGAAAAUAUGAUCCGUGGAUUCGUAGAUCCGUAUAUAGAAGCACUGAUUAACAGCUUGCAUUCUCUUUUCAUUGGGGAUAUUUUGAAAAGGAAAUCAGUCAAGUAUCAUGGGGAAAGAGAGAUUAAAAUUCUUAAAUUAUUGUCAAAGCGUAUGCAAGAUCGCUCCCAUGUUAUGAAGUAUUUGGAUGUCUUGCUGUCUUUCUUGAAUAAAAGUGUUAAAGAUCCUGAUAUCCGUCGUGAAGCUUUGCUAGCCAUUCAGGACAUCAUAGCGUAUCUUGGGAUGGAGAGUACCAGCAAGAUUAUAAAUACAGUCUCUCCUCUACUUGUUGAUGCUGAACUUGAUGUUAGAUUAUGCAUUUGUGAUCUUCUUGAGUCUCUUGCAAAAAUCGACUUUUCACUGGAUGAUGUGGCAAAGCGUGUCCGCGAUAUGAAUGCCAUCUCAGCUAUGGAAGUUGAUGACCUUGACUAUGAAAAGAUAGUUAAUGCCUAUGUGGAGAUUAAUGCAGAUUUCUUUAUUAAAUCCUCAGAGCAGCAUACGAUGAUUAUACUCUCACAGUCCUCAAUACUUUGCCGAGAAGCUCCAGCUCACUCUGAAUUUGGAAAAGAGGUCAAAAACGCUGAUGUAAGCUGGACAGGAGAUCGUGUACUGUGCAUUUUGAGAAAUUUUAUUUUGAAACACAUUGGAGAUGCAAUAAACAGAGGGGGCAUUAUAAUAAAGGAAUGGAUUCUUUUGAUACGCGAGAUGGUGACCAAACUUCCAGAUGCCGCAAAUCUUUCUGCAUUCAGACCUCUAUGCUCUGAAGACGAGAAUGUAGAUUUUUUUAAAGCUAUUGUUCACAUUCAGGCACACCGUAGAGCUAGGGCAAUUUCACGUUUCAGUAGUGUGGUUAAAGAUAGCAGUCUGCCUGAGGGAGUAGUGAGAAAACUUUUGGUCUCGGUCUUUUUCAAUAUGUUACUCGAAGGACAAGAUGGAAAAGAUAAUAAUGUCAGAAAUGCAUGCACAGAAGCCCUUGCAUCUAUAUCUGCUCAUAUGAGUUGGACAUCGUACUAUGCUUUACUGAAUCGGUGUUUCCGAGAGAUGAACAAGCACACCAAAAAAGGAAAAAUUCUGCUGCGACUUAUCUGCUUGAUUUUGGAUAAAUUUCAUUUUGCAAAAGAUGGCUACCCACAUGAGGCUGAGGAAAUUAGGACUUGCCUUCAGAAAAUUGUGUUCCCGAGGAUGCAGAAGCUGAUGAAUUCUGAUUCUGAUAAUGUUAAUGUUAACAGUAGUGUGGCUGCGCUUAAGGUUCUAAAGCUACUCCCUGAAGAUGUAUUGGACUCAAACCUAUCAUCUAUAGUUCACAAAAUUGCCAGUUUUUUAAAGAACCGGUUGGAGAGCACACGUGAUGAAGCCAGAUUGGCUCUGGUUGCUUGUUUGAAAGAACUUGGGCUGGAGUACUUGCAAGUUGUAGUCAACAUUUUACGUGCUAUCUUAAAACGAGGAUCUGAGGUGCAUGUGCUGGGGUACACUCUCAAUUCUAUCUUAUCAAAGUGCUUGUCCAAUCCUACAUGUGGGAAGUUAGAUCAUUGUUUGGUUGAUCUCCUUGCUGUGGUGGAAACCGAUAUCCUUGGAGAGGUUGCUGAACAGAAAGAGGUGGAAAAAUUUGCAUCCAAAAUGAAAGAAACAAGAAAACGGAAGUCAUUUGAGACUCUGAAAUUGAUUGCUGAAAAUGUAACGUUCAGAAGCCAUGGAUUAAAGUUACUUUCUCCGGUCACUGCUCAGCUGCAGCGGCAUCUAACUCCAAAGAUCAAAACAAAUCUGGAGAAGAUGUUAAAACAAAUUGCAGCUGGUAUUGAAGGCAAUACAUCUGUUGACCAAGGAGAUCUUUUUCUUUUUAUAUAUGGCCUAGUUGAUGAUGGUAUUAAUAACAGGAGUGGUCUUGGAGAUCAAGUGUCUUUACCACCCUCCAAAAAGAAGAAGAAAUCAAGAGAUCUGAAAGAGACUUCUGGGUUGUGUUUUGGUCCGAAGUCAUGUCCACAUCUUAUAACCGUGUUUGCUCUGGACUUAUUUUAUAACCGAAUGAAAAAAUUGAGACUCGACAACACUGAUGAAGAGCUACUGUCGAAGUUAGAUCCAUUUGUCAAACUGCUUGCUGGAUGCUUGAGUUCUAAGUAUGAGGAUAUUGUAUCUUCAUCUCUCAGAUGUUUUACUUCAUUAGUAAAGUUUCCACUGCCUUCCCUCACGUCUGAAGCAGAUGAACUGAAAACAGCAUUGUUAACCAUUGCUCAGUCUGCAGUUAGUUCCAGCAGUCCUCUUGUGCAGUCAUGCCUUAAGCUGCUUACAACGCUUCUCAAAAAUAUAAAUAUAACUUUAUCAUCUGAGCAGUUGAAAAUGUUGAUUCAGUUCCCCAUAUUUAUUGAUCUGGAGUCUGAUUCAUCCUUUGUUACUCUUUCACUUCUCAAGGCCAUCAUGAACCGGAAGCUUGUAGUUCCAGAGAUAUAUGACAUUGCAAUUCAGGUUUCAAAGCUGAUGGUAAAUAGUCAGUUGGAAUCAAUCCGCAAGAAAUGUAAACAUAUACUGUUGCAAUUUAUGGUCCACUAUACACUUUCUGAAAAACGUUUAGAGCAACAUGUGAACUUUCUGCUGGAAAAUCUGAGGUAUGAGUUUCCAACUGGAAGAGAAGCAGUUCUUGACAUGCUUCAUGCCCUAAUCUUAAAAUUCUCAGAACCUAAUCUUGGCAAGCAGUCUGUUCUUGACCAGCAGUCGCAAAAAUUGUUUAUUCAACUUACUGUCUGUUUGUCCAAUGAAACUGAUAGAAAAGUGCUGCCCUUGGUUGGUGCUGUGAUAGAAGUUCUGAUAGGCCGCAUGAGUAAAGAUCAAGUUGAUUCCAGUCUCUUGUACUGUUUGUGUUGGUAUAAGCAGCAGAACUUAAGUGCUGCGGCGGCACAGGUAUUGGGAUUUUUUAUCAGCGCCAUGAAGAAAACAUUUCGGAAGCAUAUCUACAAUACAGUGGAGGAUGCUAGAACUAUUUUGGAGUCUGCAAUUAGUGCUUCCAGCUUACAGUUGCAAGAUACUGUUGAGGAAGCCAGUCUUCCGUUCUGGAAGGAAGCAUACUACUCACUGGUUAUGAUAGAAAAGAUGCUAGAGCAAUUUCCUGAUUUAAGAUUCGGAAAAGAUUUAGAGGAUAUUUGGAAAAUGGUGUUUAAGUUCUUGUUGCACCCACACGCAUGGUUGCGAAAUAAAUCCUGCAGGCUCCUGAAUCUUUAUUUUGAGGCAUUAGCUGGGAGAAAAAGACCAGAAUGUCGUACAUUAGUAGCGGAUUCUCUCCUAGAGAAGCCAAGUAGUCUGUUCAUGGUGGCUGUUUCUCUUUGCUUCCAGUUAAAGGAGCAACCCACCACGGGCAACAUUGAUGUUGAUCUCCUCACAGCAAAUAUUGUUUUUGCGGUCUCUAGUCUUCAUUCUCUGAUUGGACAAUUUGAUCAGGCAACCCACAAUCGGUUCUGGUCCAGUCUUGGUGAGGAUGAGCAAGUGGUAUUCCUCAAAGCCUUUGAAGUGCUUGAUGCAGGGAAAGGGAGGUCUACUUUUUUGGCUCUUACCUCAGGCAAACGUACUGAGAAUGGUGAUGAUGAUGUAAGAAAUGUAAUGAUCGGAAGUUUGCUCAAAAGAAUGGGGAAGAUUGCUCUUGAUAUGGAGUCUGUUCAGAUGAGAGUUAUGUUCAACGUCUAUAAAUCUUUUGCCUCACAAUUGAAUCAAGAAGAAUGUCGCUUAUAUGCCUACAAAAUUCUGCUUCCGUUGUACAAAGUCUGCGAAGGAUAUACGGGAAAAAUCGUCACAGAUGAGUUGAAACAGCUAGCAGAAGAGGUACGAGACAGUAUAAGGGACAAGAGUUUAGGCAACAAAAUGUUUGUGGAAGUAUACAGUGAAAUAAGAAACAGUUUGAGAACGAAAAGAGACAAGAGAAAGCGAGAAGAGAAGCUAAUGGCAGUGGUAAAUCCGGAGAGAAACGCCAAGAGGAAACUGAGGUUGGCUUCAAAGAAUAAAGCAAACAAGAAAAGGAGAAUGACGAGCAUGAAAUUGUCUAGAUGGGCUUGCUCUUGAAGUAACCCUUGUAUGAAAUUUUGUUAAUCUCAUAGUAGAAGCAAUCAGAGAUAAUAAAUCACUUAUGAGUCUACGUUUCAAUUUGAAUGUUCUCAAUCUUUUUUAUUCCAUUUUAUCUAAAUGACG